ACGGUAGUAUAAACAUGGUGGAUUGUUUUGUACACAAAUAUUGAAGCUGUUACAAAAAAUUUAUUUUUACGAUUUGUAAAGUGUUUUGAAACGUGAAAUAUACCAAAAUGAACCGAGGGCACCACAUUUAUCUCGAGAAGACAGGCCAAGCACCAUCACCAAGUAAAGACUUUCACCAACUGAUCGUGCAAGAUCAUGAAGUCAUUUGGAGAACAUGGAAGAUAUCUCUACGAAAAGACCUCAAAGCAAUCCCUCCAUCGCAGAAAAAGAUCUCCUGGGAAGAUUUCGAUUAUGAUGAUAUCGCUCAGUUGGACAUAGCAAGGGUGUUUGGUGAAGAUACACUUCGUUUGGUUCAUGGCUUGGUAUGUGGAGACUGGCUUGUUCGUUUACCAGAGAGCGUUGUUGUCCAUAUAGCAAGCUAUCUUGACCUUGUUGACAUAGCGAGAUUGGGAUCGCUUUGCAAGUUUUUGAGGAAAGUCUGCUCUAGUAACGAGCUAUGGGAAAAAAUCUAUCGCAAACACUGUGACACCGUUACGAAAGAGAUCCAAGAACUAGCACAUGAGGUUGGUUGGAAGAAAACCUUUUUCACGAAUAGAUUACAACUACAAGUUCAAGUGAGAAGAAGGAAGGAAAAGAACAGUGCAGACUUGAAGCUGAGAGCUGCACAACUUGCUCAUCGAGAAGAACCAGUCAAACCAGCUGGAACGGCAUUCUUGACUCAAACAAAUGAUUGAUUUAUUACUGUCAUCGCUCGUGUCUUCAUUUGUAGAAGUGGUAUUUUAGUGUGUUCAGAAACCUUUCGAAAAGCUAAAACUGUGCGAGUUCUGUGCUUAUAAAGCAACAUACUGAAUAUAUAACAGCUGAUCUUUUCUAGUCAGUGGUCUGCUUUUCUUAAAUGAUUUAAUAUAAAUGAAAACGAUAACAAGGUUUUUUCUCAAAGUCUUGAUGCUAUUUGAUGCAUCUAGAAUUAUAUUUGAUUUAAUAUAUAGUCUCCUCCAGCAGCUAUUAGUGUCGUCAUACUACUUAGGGGAGGGAGCAUUGCAUGAAGAUACUAAUUGCGGCUGUGCUAAUUACACUUUGUUUCAUGGCUUAAUAAAAACCACUCUAACCUGUGAAUCAAAGUGUAUAACAUAACAUAACAUAACAUAACAUAACAAAUAACAAUAACAGGAUGUAAUUAAAGUUAUUAGUGUUAACUUUAGAUGCUAGUCAAUCAAAUACAAGAGACAAAAAGGUGAAACUAUAGCAGUGUGAUAAAUGGUUUAUUGUACGACAUAAAAGAAAAAAGAAAGAGUGCACACAAAAAUUUUUUUUUGUAAACAAGCAAACUUGAAAGUCACAAACUCGUACCACUGAUGUGAGCCACACAAAGGAAAAGGAGAAAGCUUCCUUGCACUGAUCAAUGAUGUGCAUUAGCAAAAAAUCCAUUCAAAACCAGUUCACAGACCGCAUAUUAUCAUUCUGAAAGAUGGUGGUAAUGCAUGGGAAAUUGAGUGUGUUGUAUAAUAAGCAUAUUAGUCCUAAAUAUGCUAAAGUGUAUUUGAAUACUUAAUUACAGUUGGUUUCAAAUUA